UGAGUUCAAUUUCAGUUGAUAUUCUGUUAAAUUCGCGAACGCGUCGCGCCUGCAGCUCUGAUCCAAUACGAUCCGAUGCCCAGCCCGAUUUCGUAAUAAUAAUUCCCAUCGAUACAAGCUCGGCUUAUCAGUGCCAUAAUUUUCUCACUUAAUAUUAAAUUAUGACAUGACGCAGCGGCGAUAAAAGAAAGUAGGGAGAAAGAGGAGAAAUGCCGGAGCAACGAAAGGACAUAAACGAUAACCUUAGAAUGGAUACGCACAUUUACGAGAAUUUGCCCUCCGCCUCCCUUUCCCCCUCCCCCUCCCCCAAAGGUCAGCUCAAUUUGGAGUUGCGAAAGUAUUUUCCGGGCGAAACGAUCUACGAGAAUUUGUGCCGUGGCUGCGGCUACGGGGUUUUUGCCGCCCAAGGACGCUACUGUCAUUUCUGUCAGUGCAUCGUGAGCGGUGGGGUGGUUAGUCCGCCGCCUCCUGCGCCCCCCUCACCGCCCCUUUCGCCGCCCACUUUCGCGGAGAGAGAGAGCAAUAUCUACGAGAAUAUCUGCGAUUUGUGCCGCGGCAUUUACAGUGACAACGAGCGGUGUCAGUGUCAAAGGUCAACAGCCACACCUACUCAAACCCCCACACCCACAACACCUUCCACCCCACCCACCAAGGUCAAGUCGCGCUCUCUUCUGGGCUACUCCCGGUCCAGUGCGGCGACCUUGACCCGUCUCUUCGGCUCUCUUAAGCAGCUGAACCGCUCUUCGUCGCUGCAGCGCCGCAUCUUCCAGGGAUCGAGGACACCGACCUCCAACGGUGGCUCCCUGGAGAUCAUCCACAACGUAGACGAGGUCUUCCGCACCCGAGAGACCUUUGACCUCCAGCGCAUCUGCGAACUCAAGCUGCAGCAGCAGCAGCAGCAGCAGCAACUUAAGAGCAGCCAGAGCGAUCAGCACAUCUACGGUCGCGUAAGAGAGCCCGAGCAAGAGAAGAGAGAGCGCAAGAAGCCGCGUGUCUCUCGCAUUCGCCUGCUGCAGGACGAAAGAGCGGCCGCCUCCGCAUCAUCCUUGUAUCUCAACGAGAGCAUCUGCCAGUGGAUGACGUCACUGCGCAGGCAGGUGCACCACUACGAGGAGGGGGCGUGGCAGCAGCCCAAGAGUGUACCGGCGCGAAGAGAGCAUCUCAGCGGCGAAGAGCACACGGUCACGCUGCGAAGGACCAAGGAAGAGGAUGAGCAGAGCCUGAUCAAGGACUUUAAGAGAAAGCUGCAGCUGCAGAGAGAGGCGCUGCCGAAGGAAGAGUUGGAUAAAGAGCAGCGACGAUGCGCCAUCACAGCCGAGUUUGUGAAUGACUACCUAAGCGCUCUUAGCGAAGAGAACACGCAACAAGUGGCUUUGAUUAAAGGGGAACCAGAAAGAGAGAGUGCUAGUGCGCUGCCCCAAAACUCUCUCUUACGCCUAAUGCAGAGCCUCGCUCGCUCCGCCAGCCUGCACGUGUGUGUGCGUGGCUUUCUCACCGCCUAUGACAAAUCGUUCAGCCAGUGGUUGUGGCAGCAACAACAACACAAACACAAACCGAUCAACGGUUAUCGCCGCCGCGAGAGAGCGCGUGACUCAGUUGAAUGGCGCCUGCUUCUCUUCUUCGGCUUCAACGAUCGCCGAGCUCCCAGCGAACGGGCGAUUUCAGUUUCGCCCGUUUCGCCAGUUUCGCCGGAGAUUUCAAAAAGUGACGACGUGUGUGCUGCAUCGCGGCGUCGCGCGAUUCGAACUACGAGGCGAACUAAGAGCGUGGGAGAGGAAGAGGGAGAGGGUGUAAGCGGGGGCGAGAGCUCCACCAACACCAAUAGGAGCAAAAACAAUAAUAAGCAUAACAACAACGACAAUAUCAAAGCUUUGAUGGCGGCGCCAAAGCCAAACGGCGAGGCAGAGCGCCCCACAAGCAACAACUGCAACAAUAACAACAACAAUUGCAGCAGCAGCAACAACAACAACAAUCACAGCGAUGACAAUGAAACCGGCAACAACAACAACAACAACGGCAACAACACCAGCAGUUGCAAUGUCAGCGAGCAACAACAACAACAGCAAAUCACACAGAAUUGCGUGAUAAAAGUUCGGCGACCGGCGCCCAAAGUUCCGGUUCGUAAUCCCAGCACUUCCUUGAGCAAUCCCCGCCAGACGGACGAGGCGAUGGCCAAGGAGAAGGAGCAACCAGAUGCCGAGGAGGAUGAUGAGGAAUCCAUUUACCAACCCAUUUGGCAGUUCAAGACCCUGGAACCCGCCGAUCAGGUGGUCAUCGAAGGUGCUCUUCCAGCACAGGACGAAGAUGAUGAGGAGGAGGAGGAUGAAGAUGAGGAGGACGACGACGAGGAGGAGGAGGAGGAUCUGGACGACUACGGCGAGUCGCUGCCCUCGGAUCCCGAUGCCGAUGUGCUGGCCCUCCAGGCGGCGGCCGUCUUUGCCGCCGGAGUCCGGCACAAGCUAUCCACCUCGACGCUGACCAAGCGCUCCAAGCUGAUGCUGCCCACGCCCCUGCCCUCGCCCACCGCCUCCAUGGACCAGGGGGCCUGGGAGACGGACAUGGAGUUCAUGUACUCGCGGGAGAACAAGGAUGCCGAUGAAACACUCAGCUUGGGCAGCACGGUGACGAAUAGCACGGCUACGAUGGGUUCCAUCAGUAGCAACGGCAGCAGCAACGCCAGGCUGCUGCCACCAAAGGAUCAGGAUCUGAUAGUCAGUUCCCAGCCAGCGGCGGAAAUUGUGCCCCUCGUGCAUCCGAUCCUCAGGAACAUCUGCAUCUUCUACAGCCAAACGGAGCCCAAGAAGUACAGCGCUAUAUUCUACGACUACCAUCGAUCGCAUGUCCAUCAGCGUUUCAUGACCCGCAUUCGUCGACCGGCGCCACCGCCACCCGUCUCACAGGUGACCCCGAUGACCCCGUUGGUGACCCCAACCCGCAACGAUGACAGUGGCUGCAGUUGCGAGGCGGAGGAUCAGGAUCAGGAUCUUCAACUCCGCCCCCGAUCUAUGGCCAUCCCGCAACCGCUCAAGGAGGAGUGGGAGCGGGCCGUGCUGGCCGCGGGGGCGGUGGGCGGCAAGAGGGGCGUGGCUCCGCGGGCGGGACGCAAACUGAGGGUCCGCUCCAAUGCGAGGCUGCUGCUCACGGAUUCGGUGCUGGCGUGGCGGGAAACGCUGCAGGAUUUCAACUGCUGCGAGGACGAAGAGGACAUGAUUGUGCCAGUGACUGACAUUCUGCGGGCGCAGCAGAUCCAGGAGGACAAUGAGGUGCAGCAGACGCAGCAGACCACGAUUCUCCAGCGCUUCAAGAGCGUCUCCAUCGGGAACCUGCUGGAUCUGCCGGGCGAGGAUGACAAGAAGUCCAUCAAGAAUCGCAUGCGAAUGAAGUUCGCCGUUAAUAGCAAUGUGUUUCGCAUCAACCGUUCGCCAAAGAGCGAGAAGAAGUCGCGUCCACGUCGUGGCCAGGUGAACAGCCUGUAUCUCGACGAGCAGAAGUAUCCACUCUUUGCGGCGCCCCUCAACAGCCUGGAGCUCAACAUGACCGACCAUCCGAAUGUCCCCAGAUUCGUGGUCGACAUUUGUGCCUACAUCGAGCAGCCGGAGUGCAUCGAACAGGAUGGUCUGUACCGGGCAUCCGGCAAUAAGGUCCUGGUCGACGAGCUGCGCAAGAAGCUGACCCACCUGUACGAUCCCCGCUGGCUGCACACGGACGACAUCCACACGCUGACCAGCCUGCACAAGCAGUUCUUCCGCGAGCUCUCCGCUCCGCUGAUCACCCAGGAGGCCUACGAGCGCCUGGGCCGCAGCCUCAACGACGACGCGGCCAUCGAGCGGAUGAGCCUGGCCUUUGACGACAUGCCCGAGCCGAAUCGCUCCACACUGCGCUUCCUCAUCAAGCACUUGACCAGAGUGGCCGCUGCCAGCGCUUCGAAUCGCAUGCCGUCCACCAAUCUGGCCAUCGUUUGGGGUCCCUGUCUGCUCAGCGCCAAUCAGAUCCAGCUGGACAUUGGACGCAUGAACAUGCUGGCCAAGGUGCUGAUCGAGAACUACGAUCGCAUCUUUCACCCGGACAACGAGCGUCUCGUUUGCUAGACCGUCGCCGGCAUUCCCGCCCCGCCCCUCCGCUGCCACGCCCACAUCUCCACACAUCACAUCGCCUGCAGAACCAGCAGCAUCGAUAUAUAAGUGCCUCAGACAUCAACAAAACAUCACCCCUUCUCACCCUAUGAUAAUACGUUUUUUUUAAAAUGUUUUUUUUGUCAGCUUUAAUUCUAUGUUUUCCUUCGGUAAUUUUAAUAUUUUAAUUACUUUAUUUAUUCAUUGGAAGUGGGAACUCGGCUAGUCGGGCCCAUCAAGAAAAUACUUACCAAAAAGACAGUAGACUAAGUUGUAACAAGAACCGCAAGAAAAUAAUCUAGAAACUACGAACUUUGUGGCGGUACAGUGAGCACUGCCUGCGGCCAACCCAAUAACAUGACGGAAUAUUAUUAUUUUUUU